AUGUCUACCUUCCUAGAGAACGCCUACAGCUUAGUCCAUCAGGACAAUGCCGCCGAUGUGCCCACCGCCAACGAGCUGCGCACGCAGCUCGAGAAGGGUACCGACGAGACUAAAGUACAGACCAUGAAGACCAUCCUCACCAUCAUGCUCAAUGGCGAUCCUAUGCCUCAACUGCUCAUGCAUAUCAUCCGAUUCGUCAUGCCUUCCAAGUCGAAGCCCCUGAAGAAGCUUCUCUACUUCUACUAUGAGAUCUGUCCCAAGCUUGACGCCGCCGGCAAGCUCAAGCAGGAGAUGAUCUUGGUCUGCAACGGCAUCAGGAACGAUCUGCAGCAUCCCAACGAGUACAUUCGAGGCAACACCUUGCGCUUCCUCUGCAAGCUCCGUGAGCCCGAGCUCAUCGAACCCCUUCUCUCCUCCGCCAGGUCCUGCCUGGAGCACCGCCACGCAUACGUGCGCAAGAAUGCCGUCUUCGCCGUCGCAUCCAUCUACCAGCACUCGCCCUCGUUGAUACCUGAUGCUUCAGAUCUCAUCGCCACCUUCCUCGAGACUGAGAGCGAUGCGACCUGCAAGAGGAACGCUUUUGCUGCACUGGCCAGCAUAGAUCACCAGAAGGCCCUGGUAUAUCUCAGCUCCGUCUUCGAAGGGAUUCCCAAUGCCGAGGAGUUGCUUCAGCUUGUCGAGCUAGAAUUUAUCCGGAAGGAUGCCGUGCAAAACUCUCAGAACAAGGCCCGAUACCUGCGGUUAAUUUUCGACCUUCUGGAGGCAGGUGCAUCAACCGUUGUCUACGAGGCUGCCUCGUCAUUGACCGCCCUCACCAAUAACCCCGUAGCAAUCAAGGCGGCCGCUGCCAAGUUCAUCGAGCUCAGCAUCAAGGAGGCCGACAACAAUGUGAAGCUCAUCGUCCUAGACAGGGUCGACCAAUUGCGAAGGAAGAACGAGGGCGUGCUCGAUGACCUGGUCAUGGAAAUCUUGCGGGUGCUCUCCAGCCCUGACAUCGAUGUUCGCAAGAAGGCUCUUGAUAUUGCUCUGGAGAUGGUCUCCAGCAAGAACGUCGAGGAGGUCGUGCUGCUGCUCAAGAAGGAGCUGUCCAAGACGGUGGACCAGGAGUACGAGAAGAACUCGGAGUACCGCCAACUCCUCAUCCAUUCGAUACAUCAAUGCGCCAUCAAGUUCUCCGAAGUGGCCGCCAGCGUUGUCGACUUGUUGAUGGAUUUCAUCGCAGAUUUCAACAACACCUCUGCCGUCGAUGUCAUCAACUUCGUCAAGGAGGUCGUCGAGAAGUUCCCCAAGCUGCGGCCCUCGAUUGUCUCCCGACUAGUCGAUACGCUGAGCGAGGUGCGUGCCGGAAAGGUGUACAGAGGAAUUCUGUGGAUCGUUGGCGAGUAUUCCCUCGAGGAAAAGGACAUCCGGGACGCGUGGAGGCGCAUCAGAGCCAGUCUUGGAGAGAUCCCGAUUCUUGCGUCGGAGCAGCGCCUGCUCGACAACGUUGAUGGCGAGGAAGAGAAGGACAAGGAUCAGGUGAAUGGCCACCACAAGGCCACUGCGCCGACAGGGUCAAGAAGGGUCCUCGCGGACGGCACAUAUGCCACGGAGACGGCCUUGACCAGUCAGUCGUCUGCUGCGGCCAAACUGGAGGCUGUCAAGUCAGCGCAGAAGCCGCCGCUGAGACAGCUCAUCCUCGAGGGUGAUUACUAUCUGGCGACCGUUCUGUCGGCAACGCUCACUAAGCUUGUCAUGCGGCAUUCCGAGAUCUCAUCCGACCAUGCCCGCACCAAUGCUCUGCGUGCAGAAGCCAUGUUGAUCAUGGUUUCUGUCAUCCGCGUGGGACAGUCGCAGUUCGUGAAGGCUCCAAUCGACGAGGACUCGGUUGAUCGUAUCAUGUCCUGCGUACGGUCUCUGGCGGAGUUCACUGAACACACGAAGUUGGAGUCGGUGUACCUGGAUGACACCCGAAAGGCCUUCCGGGCUAUGGUUCAGGUCGAGGAGAAGAAACGGGCUGCCAAGGAGGCCGUGGAGAAGGCCAAGACUGCCGUUCAGGUGGAUGAUGUCGUGUCCAUCCGGCAACUUGGCAAGAAGAACAUGGGCGACGGUUCGGAUGAGAUCGAGGUCGACCUGGAACGUGCCACGGGUGGCGACAGCACUGCAGCGGAAGACCUCAGCUCCAAGCUCAGCAGGGUUGUGCAGCUCACAGGCUUCUCGGACCCCGUCUACGCAGAAGCCUAUGUCAAGGUCCACCAGUUUGACAUUGUGCUGGAUGUGUUACUUGUGAACCAGACCACUGAAACCCUGCAGAAUCUGUCUGUCGAAUUCGCAACCCUGGGAGAUCUCAAGGUGGUGGAGAGGCCGACCACCCAGAAUCUUGGGCCGCAUGACUUCCACAAUGUGCAAUGCACAAUCAAGGUCUCGUCGACCGACACGGGUGUCAUCUUUGGAAACGUGGUCUACGAUGGUGCGCACAGCACAGACACAAAUGUGGUCAUCCUCAAUGAUCUACAUGUCGACAUCAUGGAUUACAUCCAGCCAGCAACCUGCACAGAGACACAGUUCCGCACCAUGUGGACGGAGUUUGAGUGGGAGAAUAAGGUUAACAUCAACAGCAAGGCCAAAACUUUGAGGGAAUUCCUAGACCAGCUGAUGGCGGCCACCAACAUGAAUUGCCUCACACCCGAGGCUAGCCUGAAGGGCGACUGCCAGUUCCUGAGCGCAAAUCUCUAUGCUAGAAGUGUAUUCGGAGAGGAUGCACUUGCGAACUUGAGCAUCGAGAAGGAAGGAGAGGACGGCCCCAUCACAGGAUUUGUCCGCAUACGCAGCCGUUCACAAGGUCUUGCGCUAAGUCUGGGGAGUCUGAAGGGCCUCAACAAGAUCGGCACGGCCGCUUGAGGUUCCAAAACGCGGGGCGGGGCGGGGUUGAAUUAUAUAGAAAACAGUGAGUGGAUUAAUUCAAAAGCGCUGUUUUGCCAGGAGGGUGGGUUCAGGGCCAAGGUGGGAGGGGGAAGGGAGGAAUCUCGCGUUUGUGGUACGAUAUAGAUAGCCCGCACCACGGUGCAAAACAUGAUAUAACCUUUUUAUGA